AUGUCAAUGUUCCACCAGUCGUCGAAGGCAACCGUAAGUGUCGCCUUUUUUGCCUCUGGAAAAUCAGAGGGGGGUUUUGUGGUCGACCCGCAUGUUGAAGGAGAUUCAGACGAAGAUGCCAUCGCCGACGAAGACAUUGAUGACGUGCAGAUGGCAGGCAUCCUCGUUGGUUCUUCUCGUGAUGGUGAAACCAAGCACACAACCCACGCCCCAGGCCCGACGGCCAACGGCAUGGCGGACAACGAUACAUCGUCAGAGCCUCUUCCGGUCGGCCCGGUGGUCGAUCAGGCCCAACAGAGUGAGGCUCGCGCCAAGUUGAGAAAACGCAGCAAAUCGUCAAAGACAGUAAUUGAGUACGAGUCGGAAGAAGACGAUGGGUUGGAAAGAAAUAUCCCCGACUACGUUGAUUCAACUUCUGGAGAAGACGAGCUCGAUUCAGACGGAGACGCGAAGGCGACGGCGGCCAAAAAGACGAAAGAGUCGGGGAAGAAGGCAAUCAAGACUGUUAAGGACCUUCCUAUAUACGCCCAGCAUGCCUAUGUUGCGUCCACAUACGGGCUCCCCAAGUUACCUGUUCCAAUGGUCUUGUUGCCUGGUCUACGCUCACGAAAGCCACCGCCGAUCCCAGUCCCCGACCUGACAAAGCGCAGCCGGGGGAGACAUGUUGUCGCUGGAGAAGACGAUGGUCGCAAAUACCAUUGUACUGUGGCUGGAUGCGACAAACGCUUCGCCCGAGGAGAACAUCUAAAGCGACAUAUUAGAAGUAUUCACACCCACGAGAAACCCCACCAAUGCCCCUACCCUGGAUGCCUCCGUGGCUUUAGCCGCACUGACAAUAUGAUGCAGCAUAUGCGUACUCACGACGAUUGGCCCGACGAUGAGACGGCGGCAAAGAUAAUUGCAGAGACAGAGAAGAAGGCAGGCAAGAAGGCUGCUGCUGCUGCAUCAGCCGCUCAGAAGGCAGAACAAGAGCCGCGGCCAGUGAUUCCAGCCAUGGCUGCUGUGCCAUGGCAGGUGCCACAUAUGUUCAUCAACUGGGCUCGUCCCAAUGGGACACCGAUGAUCCCCGUGAUUCCCGCACCCGGGCCCCCAAACCAGCCAUCUGAUCCAAAGGAUGAUGCAGACACGAUGGAUGCAGAGGCCGACGAAGACGUACAGCUUCAAUCCCCGAUCAGUACAGCAGCCACGGGAGACUCUGGCUUGGCAGAGUUUACGAAACUAUUUCCCUCGACGAAUAACGGCAUAGGAACUCCUUCUGCCGAACAAGCGACGAUUGCACCAGGCAUGGUGAUGAUGUCUCCCAUGUCACCAGGAGCCGGUCCGUCUACUGCUGGAGGAAAGCGCCACAGAAGCACACGUUCAGCUGCAAAAGCUGCUUCUAAGGCCAUUACCGAGAGUUCCACCACGGGCGACGACACGCCUCCAGCUGCCUCACCAACAUCCCCCACGACGUCAACGGCGGGCACCAGUACCGGUUCAACCAUGUCUUUGCCGAUCGGUUUACCUGUGAAUCUGGGUGCUGGUUCAAGUACGUCAACCGCAGGAGGUGCGUCCCAGCCACCCAUGGGAUGGGCGAUGCCAGCCGGGAUCCAGUAUCCAUUCAUGCCAUCUCUCCCACCUGGGACGCCAUUCCCACCCCCGGCGAUUGCCAUCCCUAUUCCUCCGGGAGCCCAGCUGCCACAUCCAACGCAACUCCCGCCAAACGCCCAACUCAUCCCCGACCCAAAAGGAGGGCACACGGUGAUCAUUCCUCCACCUCCUCUACCCUGGGGUAUGCCCUUUCCCCCUGGUAUGUUGCCCAUGUCCGGUCCACAAAGCCCCGUCAUCCCAAAAGCCAAUUCAAAGACGAUGCAAUAA